CGGCGAUGCGCCCCCCCACCCCCUCCCCCCGUAAGGCUCCCCGCGAUUUGGGGAACGCGGUGGGGUCACGCGGCGGGGUCACGCGGCGCGCGCCACCCAAUGGGCGAGUGGCCAGCCAUGGCCUUCGCGGCGCCCAUGCGCGCUGGGAAAUGCAAGAGAGGCCGGCGGUGGUUACGGCUCUAGGCGAGCCGAGGAGCGGACGACGCUGCCCGGCCCCCCCCCCCCCCCUCCGCCGUCGCUUCUACCCCGAGGUUCUUCCAGAGCAACAGCCGCAGUGCCAGCGGCGAUGAGCAACGACGCCGCGGCAUGCAGCAUGGAGGAAGACAAGGAGGAGGAGCCGGGGAUUCUGUCGCUGUUGCCGGACUCGCUGCUGCUGCAGAUCCUCUCGCACCUGGAGCCGCAGCACCUGCUGGCUGCCGGGCUUGUGAGCCGGCGCUGGCUCGCUGUGUCGCGAGAUGAGUGGCUCUGGGGACGCCUCUUCCAUCGCUGCUACGGCGUGCAGCCGCAGCGCGAGAACCUCAAGCCCGGCGCCACGUCGUGGCUGUGUGAGUUCCAGCGGGUGUACGAGACGGCGCCGUGCGUGGAGGCUGACGUGCUGAUGGAGCACAUGGACGAGGUGCUGCACGUGGCGUUCUCCCACGACGGCACGCGCUUUACCUCCUGCUCCAAGGACUGCACCAUCAAGCUGUGGAGGUCUGAUGACUGUAACUUGGAGCACACGGAGGACAUGUGCAGCUACGACUGGAAGUACACGCAGUUCAGCCAGUUCAACUCGUGCGACACACUGCUGCUCGUGUCCGGCGUCAGCGCCUCCCCCUACAACCCCUCCGCUGGCGACGUCCUCGUCUUCAGCCUGGAUGACUUCUCGAUGCUGGCGCAGGUCGACACGGAGCCGUACGACAUCUUCGGCUGCUGGCUCGGCCGCGACACCUUCAUGUCGGGCUUCAUCAACCACCACGACAUGUUCUGCCUGCACGUGCAUGGCACCGGCGAAGUGGACACGGGCGGCAACGUUCACGCGAACCAAAACCAGCAGGGCCACCGGCUCUUCAAGUUCGCAUGCUCCAACGGCUCCUACCCCCGCAUGCUCAUGGUGGCCACCCCCGGUGAGGGGCAACCGAAGCCGCCGCCUCCGUCCAGCGGCACCGCCGCCUCCGCCGCCAAGGGCCCCUCGGCCUCCUCCGGGCGCCCGUCCUGGCUGCUGGGCGGCUCGCUGCUGCGGCGCGACCACUACACUAGCAAGGCGGCGGCGGCGGCGGCGGUGGUGCGCAGGCGCAAGCACCAGCACGCCAUGAGCAACGAGCGCCGGCUGCCGCCGCGGGAGAGGUUCCUGGUGUACGGCACGGGCGACCUGACCUACGCCUCGCACCAGAUAGGAGUCAAGCAAAUCCCGACGCAGCCGCACGAGUACGUGAAGCGGGUGGACGGACACCACGCGCCCGACCACAUGCUGGAGCUGCACGGGCAGAUCAUCGGCAUGGCGCUGUCUCCAGACCACAGGUUCCUGUACGUGAACUGCCGCGCGUGGCCGGCGGGCUGCGUGGUGACGGAGCCCACGGAACCGCCCGCCAUCUCGCGGGACAUCGACACGCGCGAGCUCGAGCUGCCCACGCUGCGGCCCACCGGGCGGUCCUUCCGCGGACACCACGCUUUCACCGCCGAGCACAACUGCUUCUUCAUCUUCCUCAACAGCAGCGAGGACUUCCUCGCGAGCGGGGCGGAGGACCACCACGGCUACGUGUGGGAGCGCCACUACGCCGCCCUCCUCGGCCGCCUGCCGCACAGCGACGUGGUGAACUGCGUCGCGUUCAACCCGGCCGACCAGGAGAUGCUCAUCUCGGCCAGCGACGACCGCAACAUCAAGGUGUGGCGCAGCCGGCGGGCCAUGCGCCGCCUGCGGCUGCAGCAACAGCAGGAGCUGGCGGUGCAGUCGUAGCGGUAGACGUGGGGUGGU